GUUGGCCUCCGGCGGUGCCUCCGGUGGCGGCGCCGGCUCCGGCGGCUCUCCCAGCGGCCCCCGCGUGACCAUCAUCAACGAGCAGCUGCAGGUGUACCGGCUGUGGAUGGGCGCGCCGGUGCGCACGGUGGCAUGCGGCGCGCUGCACACGCUGGCGGCGCUGGAGGGGGGCGGGGUGCUGGGCUGGGGCGACAACGCGUCGGGGCAGGCGGUGGGGCGGGCGGGGUUGCCGGGGGUGCGUGUGACGUCGCCCACCCGCAUUGCGGAGUUUGACCAUGUGGAGGUGGUGUCCCUGGCGGCAGGCCUGCAGCACAGCGCCGCCGUCACCUCCUCCGGCGCCGUGUGGUGCUGGGGCAGCAACCGCCACGGCCGGCUGGGCAUCGGCGCCUCCAUGCCGCCCUCCGCUCGCACCACCACCUCCACCUCCGGCCUCCCCACCCCGGGCCUGCCCUGCCCCAGUCCCACCUCCUCCCCCGGCCGCGGCCCCUUCGGCGCGGACCGAGAGCGCGACCGCGACCCCCUUCCCAACACCGCCGCCAUGCUCGCACACGCCGGCGUAACACCCGACGCUGUGCAUGAUGAUGUCAAGCGUGGUCUGACGCACCCGCCCACACCCGUACUACUCCCCUCCGGGGUGCGCAUCACCUCGGUGGUAUGCGGCACGCGCCACUGCCUGGCGCUAACCGAGGACGGAGCGGUGUGGGGCUGGGGCAGCAACGCCGUGCAGGCACUAGGGUUGCCGGACUUCCGGGACCGCCCCACGCCCAUGCGUGUGCCGGGGUUGCCGCCGUGUGCCAUGCUGGCUGCCUGGUCGGUGUCUGCGGCCAUCAGUCGGGAGGGGCAGCUGUACCUGUGGGGCAGCGACCCCUACCUGAACCCCUGGGUGCAGCGAAACAGGGUGGGCGGGCCGGCGGGUACGGCCAUGACGCCCAGGAGCGCCUCGCUGCCGCUGAUACACAGGGUGAAGUGGCUGGGUCCGCACCGCUUCCGCACCGUGUCUGUGGGCGCCCGUCACGCGGUUGCCGUCACCACCCACCAGCGCAUGUACUGGUGGGGAGACGAGGAGCUGCUGCCCUCCGCCAUGCAGUACGGAGUUACCAGGUCUGUCCAUGAGCACACCAAGCUCGUCGUGAAGCCCCCUUCCCCCGAGGACUUCCUCCCCCUCCCCCCGCCGGAAGCCACCUUCGACGGCAGCGUACCGCCGCCUCCCCCACCCCCCUCCGACCCACGCACCCAAGGCCUCUACUACGUCCAAUCCGCCUCCAUUAUCAACCGCCUCACCGCCUUCCGCCUCUUCAACGCGCGCGACGGACCCCGCCCCUCCGACGGCCUGGGCACCCUGAACUCCGGAGCCUUCACGGGCUUCGACGUCACCAUCAGCGGCGCCGGCGGCCACUCGCCGCCCAUCACCUCCUUCAGCGGAUUCAGCCCCAACAGUCCCGUGGGUCGCCACUCAGCCUCCGCAGACGGUCACGACGGCAUCACACUGCGUCUGCACACCUUCAACGAACGCGUCUACGUCUCCAUUCGCACCCGCCGGCCGGGCCCGCCUCGCAUCGGCGGCGUGGCCAGCGGCAGCUUCUUCUCCGUCGCCGGUAGCUACGCUGGCUCAGCGUACGGCGGCGGCGGCGGAGGUGCCGUCAGCUCCGGCGGCGGCCGCGUCAGCUCCACGUUGCUCUCCGCUGAGGCUAGCUUGGCGGGCGGAUUCGCGGGCAGCUCCUCCGCCCGCAGCGUAGCGACUCCUGGGUCGGCAGCUGGCGGAGGUGGCGGCGGCGGAGGAGGAGGCGGUCCGGCAGCGUUAUUCAGCGGGGAGGAGCCGGUGAUGCUGGUGGCGUGUGGUGAGGGUCACACGCUGUGUCUGUGCGGGCAGACUCGCUACAAUGUGACGCUGGAUGAGCUGCGGCACACGCUGAUGCUGGUGCUGCGGCAGUAUGCGCGGCACUGGCAUGCGUGCAGGCGGGCGGUGCAGGCCAAGCUGGCGGGGGGGGUACCCAACCGGGUGCGAUCGAGGUCGCUGGACAGGCGUCCCUCCAGUGCCCGCAGCGGCCGCAGCAGCCACGGCCUGGGCCGCAUGGGCGCCCUGCCCGCCCAGCACGAGAUCUUCGCAAGCAGCCUGCCGUACAUCGACCUGGAGGAGCGACCCACCGACCCGCGGGACGAGCUUUGCUCGCUGGACAUGCUGCUGGUGUUCUGCAGGCAGGCCGGUCUGAUUGACAACAUCAGCGAGUACAACGACGUCAUCGAGCUCUACCGCGUGCAGAUCACCAACAAGCACGCGCGAGUGCCGCCCAGCCAGCAGCAGGCGGCGGAGGCGGCGGCAGCUGCCAACUCCAACAACCCCACCGGCCCCAUCAACAUGCUCCCCGUCCGAGUGCACGCCGCGCUACCCGACCUGCGAAAAACCCUGCAGCUGCGCUCCUCCGAGUACGACGGCAGGACCAGCAAGGUGGGUUUCGGAGCCGCGCACAGCUCCCCCCCCGGCAUCAGCGGGGGGGGAGCGCCGGGGGCGGUGCCGUACGGCCGGAGCGGAGACGGCAUGACGUCACCCCUGCCCUCCCGAGGAGGAGGAGGAGGCGGGGGCGGGGGGCGGUUGAGUCCUCUGUCGCUCCGACUUCCCGGCAUGGCUGCCGGCGGGUCGCUGCCUGUGACCCCCACGGGUAUUGGGCGGGGCGGAACGGGCUUGGGUGACAUAUCGCCGGUGCCGCUGGCUCGGGAGGACUCCGGGGGCAGCACCUCAGGCGCAGCAGCAGCAGCAGGGGGAGGCGGAGGGCGGCUGGGCUCCGCUCCCUCCAGCCCCGAUCGGGCAGUGGGUGCCCCGCCCAGCCUGCGAGUGGUGGACAUGCGGGCGUUCAUGCCGCGGAGUGGCAGGGACGACUCCUCAGCCUCCGACGAGCGGCUGCGCGACAGCGACGUGUUGGACCUGCUGCUGGGCCUGAUGCAGAACCGCCAGGUGGCCUCCUCCUCCAAGGCCAACCUGCCCAUGCCGGCGCUCAUGCAGCAGCUGGCGGCCAAGCAUGUGGGGCGGCUGAAGCGCACGGCGUGUGCGGCGCCGCUGCCAUGGGUGCUGGGGCAGGCCAUCCGCACUGAGAUGCUCCGCGCCCUGGACAGCGGCCCCAACAGCCUCACACUGCACCAGGCCUACAUCUACCUCUCAUCCGAGCACUCCGCGCCGCAGGACCUGCACCUGUCCAUGCAGGACAUGCGCCUAGGUCUGGCCCAGGUGGAGCAGCCCUUCACCGUUCCGCUGCUGCGGCUGGCGCAGUUCAUACGGCAGUCGGGGCUGCUGCCCAAGCUCAUCAGCAGGCUCAUAACGCACAUGCACAAGCACGCCGAGUACUACCUGGACCGGCUGGCUGUUGCCGACCAGGUGCCCUGGUGGUGGCCUCCCGAGGUGCUGCGCGACCGGCGGGCGGCGGUGUCGGGAGUGGGCAUCAGCCCCACGUUGUGGCAGCGACCCGACACCAUAGCCAUGUGGCAGCAGCCUGCGGCAAUGAACCUGCUGGGACUUGAGACGAUCGCGGGUGUUGUGUACGACUUUGACAUCCUGGGUGUCUACUACGGCACCACCCGCAAGGCCAUCCGCAACCAGCUGAGCAGCGAGGAGCAGGUGGCGCUGGAGCACGCCAAGCGGGACCGGCUGCUGGCGUACGUGCUGGUCUACAUGAUGGGGCAGUACCUGGUCCGUGUGGACCACCCGCACGACAUGCGCCCCGAGCACAUCCUCACCGCCGCCGUCUCCUACCCGCAGUUCGUGGAGAUCCUGGCCUUCUGCCUGUCGCUCAAGGCCGCCACGCAGACCCCCACUGGCGCCGUGAUGCCCUCCGUGCAGCUGCUGCCCACGCUGGGCGACACGCUGCAGUACCUUCCGGGGCUGCUGGAGGCGGUGGGGCUGUGGCGCGAGAAGAUCCUGUACCCCUGGAAGUUCAACCGGGUGAAGCACAACGACGUGGAGCUGCAGCGGCAGGUGGACCGCGCCUUCAGCCUGUACUGCACCAUCGACCCGCUGGCCCAGACGCUGGGUAUCAACAUCUACCAGUUCACCAAGCUCAUUCGGGACACCGACAUGGCGGACAAGACGCUCACCAUGGAGCGCAUCCAAGAGGUGUUCGCGGCGGUGGCGCUGGUGCGGGUGCGCUCCGUGCCCGCACUGCGCUCGCGCACCGGCGCCAACCCCAACCGCCAGAACGACAACAUGGAGUGGACGGGGCUCACGGCGGCGCAGAUCAUUCGACUGUCCACCUCGCAGUUCGCGUACACGGUCGCCCAGCACAAGCUGGAGGAGCACCUGCAGCUGCGCGAGAUGGCCAUGGCGGCCUGGCGCCCCCGCGACCCCGCCUCCGCACCCCCCCACCACGGCUUCAGCGGCAGUGGAGUGGCGCCCGCCCUCAUGGCGCCCGGCGGCGGCUCGCCCACUGGCGGCACCGCCACGGGAGCAGCCGGCGGCGUCGGAGCCACUGUGUCCCUAGCACUGGCGCUCAAGGAGGCGGCGCAGCGUACGGCGAAUGAGGUGGACGAGGCGGCGAUCGGCAUCGUGGGACCGAACUCCGCGAGGAGCGCCUGGGGGCCGCCCUCGCCGCCGACGGCACACCGGCAGCAGCCCUUCGCCAGCGCGGUGGGGAUAGCUGCGGCCGCCGCCGCGGGCAGGACGGUCACCUCCCCCGAGGGCGGCCCGCCCCCGGGGUCCGCCGCCGCGGCAGCGGCGGCGGUGGCGGCUGGCGCCGGCUCCCCGCACCAGCGGCUGGCGGUAUCCAACGCCGCCACCGCCGCCGCCGUCGCCGCCUCCUCCGCCUUCGUCAGCAAGCUCCGCCGCCCCGGCGGCCGCCGCGGCGACGGCGGCAAGCCACGCGACCUGGCGGGGUUGCUCCGGAACCGGCGUCACAGCUCCACCCAGGUCAGUUUCGCGCCCAUGGACAGCAGCAGCGGGCUGCCGCAGGGGCUGUCCGCACUGGUGGUGGGGCUGCAGGACGUGGCGACCUCGCAGUCCACGUCCCGGUCGGCCUCCCAGCUGUUGGGAGCCGGCGGGCCGGAGUCCACGGUGGACGGUGCGAUGCCGAGUGGGUUCGGAGGGUGCGGCACGGAUGAUGAGAUGGACCUGGGGCUGUCCUGGCCCAGUUUUACGACGGAGCAGUUUGGGGACAGCGAUCUGGGCACGCCGUCCGGACCGAACGGCUCACCCCGCACCAGUCCCCAGCGCAGCGGCCGCAGCCCUCCCCGCCCCGGCCAGCCCCCCUCCUCCGCUCCCCAGCCCCCCUCCUCCACACUCCAGUGCAGCAGCACCGGCACCGGAGGCACCAGCGGUACCGGAGCCAUGUCGCCUGCCGUACCCUCCCCCGGCGGCAGCACCAACGACCUCGCCGCCUCGGUGCGCUCGCCGGAGCGGCAGCUAGCGACCCCCGGGUCAUCCUCGGGUCGCUGGCCCUCCCUCCCGGAGCAAAGCGAGCUCAGCCUGCGCAACAUGGAACACAUGUUUGCGGCACUGCAGCCGCCGGAGGGGCCGCUGCCGGCGCCGCCGCCGCCAGCAGCGCUGACGGACGAGUCGGAUCGCGAGGGCGGCGGCAGCGGCGGCGACUCUAGCAAUGGUCGUGACCGGCGACGCAUGAGUCGCGCCAGUGGCGGCGGCGGCGGCAUGUCACCGGAACGCGGCAGCAACUCUCAGUUGGGCGAGGGUCGCGGUAGCGGCAGCGGCGGCGCGCGGGGCUCCAGCAGCGGCCGGGAGCCGUCAGCCGUGCUGAAGCGGCGGCGAGUGCCGGGAAUGAGCGUGGCGGUUGCAUUCGGAUCGGGUACGGCACGACGAACGUUCGUGGACGUGCCGCCGGAGCUGACGUCACCGUCGACUGCGUCAUUGGAUUUGGACGGUCGCGACAGGUCGCGGGGCGGCAAGAGCGCACGACGCGCGUCGAGUGGCGCCGCCGCCAGUGCUGGCGUGUCGGCACGCGGCGGCUCGCCGUUGCGGAACAGCCAUAACCCCAACAAGAACACACGGGCUAGCGGCGGCGGGGGUCCGAGGUCGCCGUUUUCCACUUCAGCCGCUGACGCAGCGGCCGACGGCGCCGGCGCUGGCGGCGGUCCCACUCGCGUCACCCAAGGUAGCUCCUCACUCAGUGGCAGCGACUGGGCCGCGUCGGCGGAUACCAGCCCGGAUCGAGCCGGCGGCGGCGGCCGGCAGUUUGAGCCGUGGUCAACGUCGUUUGACCGCAGUCGCCUCCGCACGCCUCCCUCGCCACUGGGCCCCAGCGGCGCCAACGCGCGCGUCGCUUCCAUGCCCAUGUUGCCCCGCGACGCCGCGAGUCCGGGCGGGGUGGACCGGGCCAUGCUGAUGCGCAUGAACAGCGAGCGACCCGCCUCGCGCACCUCGCAGCGCUCCUCCGUGCUGGGGGGAGACAGUGCCGGCUCCCGCAGCCCCAGCGUGCAGCGCCCCGACUCCGCCGCCUCCUCAUCCGUCAUCGGCUCCGUCAACCGACUGGUGCUCACCAAGCAUGCGCUGGCGACAACCGGCGACGGCAAGAGCGCCAAGAAGCUGAGUGCGCAGCCCGGCAAGCUGCUCACCCGCGAGCAGUUCAGCGAGGUGGUUCAGCGGCUGGCGGUGGUCAAGUACUCCAAGAUCAGCUCGCCCAUGGCGGCGUGGCGGCUGCUCAUCGAGCGACACGUGCUGCCGGUGGUGGAGACACGGUCCACCAAGUUUGACAGGUACCUUGAGGAGCUGAUGGGCCCCUCCAUCAUGUCCCUGGUGCUGGCCUGGGAGCCGCAGCUGAAGGCGCUGUUCAGGAUCUACGGCAAGGACGAGUACAAGCAGACCACGGGCCGCCCCCCCGGCACCGCCAACAGCGCCAGCAGCCGCCCCGGCACCAGCGCCAGCGGCAGCGGCGGCAGCCACCGCGGACACAGCCGCAGCCGCACAGCACCCCCCCGAGGUGGGGGCGGAGGAGGGGGGCGAUCUGCAAGUCCGCAGCCGCACAACCGCAGCCCCUCAACACUGGAGGCUCGCGGCCGCUCGCGCCCCGGCACCAGCGCCGGCGACCCCCGCGGCUCCGGCUCCUCCACCCCCAACCGCGACCGCGACCCGGGCAGCCGCAUCACAAUGUCCUUCGUGCAGUUCCUGCAGCUGUGCCAGGACAGGAAGAUCAUCCCCGCGCUCAUCCAGCCCGCGGGUCUGGAGGAGAUCUUCCGGAGGGUCAACUUCAUGGACGGGGUGGAGAGCUAUAUUCGGAACAUGGCCUACCCGCAGUUCGUUGACGCGGUGUGUCUGACCGCCAUGACCAUCUACAACCACCCCAAGUACAAGGAGCAGUCCAUGACGGUGGAGGAUAUGUUGGAGACCUUCUUCUCGCAGCUCUGCUCGCUCAAGAGGGCGAGGACCCGUGUGACCCACCUAGGGGCCAUGGACAACGCUGCAGCCGCCGCCGCUGCCGCCGCCCGGGGUGCGGGGGCGGUGGUGAACCCAUACGCGCAGUGGUGGACGCUGCGGUUCGAGCCGGAGGCCGCGUGGGGGACCGGGGCGGGAGGAGGAGGAGGAGGAGGCGGCAGGGGUGGUGGUGGUGGUGGGAAGCCGGGCGGCUGGUCCUUCCUGUCAUCAGUGGACUAUGCACCUGUGCUGCUGCAGGAGGUGGUCAUCCCGCCCCCCCCGGUGCCCGAGCCCGUGUCCAUGCUGCUGCAGCACGCCGCCUCGCUACACAACCGGGGCAGCUGUACGGCGGCACUCGCGGAGUACGACAGGGCGGCGGGGGCGUGGCGAGCGGCGCUGAGCGGGGAGGGCACGUUGCCCUUCGAGGCGACGUUGUCGUUGUCGCCUGAACAGGAGAUCUACCUCUGCCUAGUCCGCGCCAGUGUGUUGAUGAGCUGCGGGCAGGACUCCGCCGCCAUGUCCGAGUACUCCGCUGCGGAGGGGCACAUGCGGCGGCUGCCGGAGGGUCACCCCGCGGAGCCGCUCAUCCACAGCUGCCGGGGGCACCUGCUUUACCACGUGGGGCAGCUGCAGGCGGCGUUCGAGCAGCUGGUGCAGGCCAAGGUGCUCCGCGAGCAGCACCCCGACAUGGGCUCCCACCACGUGGACACCGCCCUGGCGCACAACAACCUGGCCUGCUGCCUGGACCGACUGGGCAAGACACACCUGGCGCUGCGGCUGCUGGCGGGCGCGGUGGAGACAUUCCGAGUGGUGCUGGGCAGCAGCCAUCCGCGCACGCAGACGGCGGCUCGCAACGUGCGUCACAUGCAGCACCGACUGGUGAAGCUGGACCUGCACUACCGCUCCGUGGCGCAGGAGCAAGCGGAGGCGGAGCAGGCAGCCAUUAUCGAGGCCCUGCACCGAGCCGCGGGCCGGGGACUGCGCGGCCGCCGACCCGGCAUCGACAACCUCUACUCCCUCAACGGCCCGCGCAUCUCCCUGGCGCUGCGGCGGGAGCAGGCCAAUGCAGCACUGGCCGCUGCCGCCACCGCCGCCGCCGUCAUGGCGCCGCGCCGACUGGAGCCGCUCAAGAUGCCCGCGAAGGAACGACUCGCGGCGUUUCAACUUCGGGUGCAUGGAGCGGCGGGCGCCACGUACGGGCGCGGCGCCGCAGGCGCCAGCGGCGCCGCCUCCGGCGGCGCCUCCGACCGCGACCCCGGCGGCCGCUCCUCCGGUGACGGCGAGGGCGACACUGACGCAGAUGGCGAGGGCGGCCGGUCGUCGGCCGACGGUGACACGGCUGCGGAUUCCCCUCCCGAGACGCCCUCCGCGGUGCAGCUCUACACUCGCCGCCGCAAUGGCAUCAAGUACUACCGCAGUAAACACGACCUGGACUACCUAGGCGGGGGGCUGCACCGGCCGCACCCCGACAUGGUAGCCACCUACGAUGCCAUGAAGGCCGACAUCGCGGCGCAUGCAUCCGGUGCCGUACACGCGCGGGUGCCGGAGGGUGUGGUUGUCGUACAACGUGGCGCCGGCGGCCCGGUGCAGCCGCCGCCGCGGCGGAGUACCGUCAGCGCACGGGGCAGCGCUUCCGCCGCCGCCGCCGCUGCGGCGGCGGCGCGCGCCGCUGAGGAGGUUCCCGGCCCCGUACGAGCAUACCGCGGCGGCGUGUACGACAAGACUCUGACGCCGCGGCGGCUCAAGGUGGAGCGGCGGUACGGACUGCCGCUGCCGCCGCCGCCGGAGCCGACGCUGCCGGGUCGUGAGCGGGGGCUGCAGGCGCGGCGGGCCAAUGUGCUGGCGGCCGCCAUGUUGGAUGAGCUGAGUUCGCGGCUGACGGGGACGGGUGUGGGGCUGGGAAGGUCGGUGCCGGUGCUGGACCGGCUAGCAGACGUGCUGAGGGGCACGGCGGGGCCGCCGCCGCCGCCAUCCAACAAGAUAGGGCGGGGAAGUGCAGCGGCGGGGACGGCGGGAGGGGAUGGUGCAUCGCGCAAGGUUUCGCGCGGGCGUUCGAGCGUUGCGUAGGGGAGAGGGGUGAAGCGCGGUGGUGCGCGCGCUAGGGGAGUACACAUGUGUGAUUAAGGGGUGAGCCGAUAGGGUGUUUGGGGGUAGGGUAUUGAAGAAGGUGCUAGGAAGGGUGUGCGAGCAAUCUGAGCACUGUGUGCAUUCUUGCUGCGACGCGUGGAGGGCAUUGCGGAGCAAACACACAUCAUUGGAGAACGGUAAUUUUUGCGAGCAGCUGCAUGGUAGCUAGAUGGCACGCAGAUGGAAUAUCUGCGAGCGCGCAGAUACGGUAUGCUAAUGUUGUGGGUUUUGCAUUGCACGGAUGCCAAAAUGUCGAUGGCAUAGAACCUUUUAUAGUAUGCUGACUGCACAUAACGUCCCCGCAGAAGCUGCCAGGGGUGCACCGGUGUACUACAACUUUACAUGACGACAGGGUAGUAAUUACGCGUGUGGUGGUGGUGGCGGGGGGAACUGGAGAUGCCGCAUGCCUGUGAUACGGCAGCUUACUCGGUUGUCAACCGGUCAUGCGUUUGUCGGCUGUUUACCAUGCACUGCUAACUGUGUCGGUGUUGUUAAGCCGGUGGCUGAAGGGGAUGCGAUGCCCUAUGGGUAGCGGGAAGGUCCGUAAUGUCUAAUAGGUUACACGGCAACAGACAGGCAGGCACGGUAGCGUGUGUAGCUAAACUACCCGUUCAGCAUGAACGAGGAAGUAUCCGAUAAUGGCUUGGCGUCGUGAGCCGCUGGUGUGCCUUCCGGACCUACAAUACGGUAGCUGCUAUGAGAGCUCACGGGGCAGUGCUUGUCGGCCGGCCAAUGUAACAUGCGUCAGCCAGUCGGCGCCUCGGUUUCACCCUUUACGGUCUCACCCUUCAAAAGGUUCACACCCGGCAAACAAGUUCAUUCCAAGAUGCGAAGCCCAACAAGGC